UUCUCAGCAGCAUCGUCACUCAUUCCUAUAGAUACAUAACCUAUAACACUUGGUCCCCACAGCAGAGAUUGCUUUUAUUUUUACGUAGCUUGUCUUUAGUCCAAGAGGAUCCCUAUAAACUUCUAGCUCCCCAAGAUUGUUGCAAAUUAACCAAGUCAAGUCCCACUGCCGUAAUAAGUAAAGUUCUAUUUCCCUUUCCCACCGAUAUGCCUCAGCCAGUCGACCUCAGCGUCAAGACGUCGACGCCGCCAACACGACAGAACCCAGGUGCAGCUUGUGAAGAAUGCCGUCGUCGUAAGGUCCGAUGUGAUCGGCAACAGCCUGCGUGUGGCCUCUGCCUGUCAUCCGGCGUACAAUGUCAAGUUACAACCCCUCGUCCUCCUCGUGGUCCCAAGCGCGGCUAUUUAAAAGCGCUACAAGCUCGCAUCGCUACCCUCGAAGGAUCACUGCUUCAACAGCAGCAGCAGCAGCAACAGCAACAACAGCCUUCUAGCAACUGCAGCAAUACGAUGUCAAUAUCUCCCGUAGAUACCUCGCUUGAAGGUCUCGCAUUCAACGACCCCUCGUCCUUAACGUGGGACUUUGCCGUCACUGCUGAUGAAGACGCGACACUCCGUGAUCUAUGUCGGGGAACAGGGCCCAGCACAACGUCAGGGGGAUCUUCGUUAGACGAGGGUUCAGCCCAAGCCUCGACAUCACCUAUACGAGGAUUCGAGACUCUUAGCGAUGGGAUAGGUUUCGCGGACGCGACAAUGCCUCGAAAGAUGUCGGAAAUGUCGGAUGGGUUAGACGGACUCAACAUAUCAAAUUUGAUGCAGGCAGAUUUAGAUCAACUCUACUUUGACAGAGUGCACCUCUUUGCGCCUAUACUCCACCAACGCCGGUAUUUCUCCUGGGCUCGUAACAUAGCUAAGGCGGGAGCUCAAUCAUGCCUCCGCUAUGCCAUGUGGACCUUGGCUGCAUCCGUGUCAGCACACUAUCAGAACAUCGGCGACUCCCUAUAUCGUUGUACCAAGCAGGCUCUCGAGGCUCUCGACCCGAAAUGCGUAGGUAUUACGAUGACCGAGAUAGAGAAAGUCCAGGCCUGGCUCCUCCUGGCAAUCCACGAAUUCAUGUGCGUCGAUUUUAGCAAAGGCUGGGAGAGCGCCGGCCGCGCCUUUACACUAAUUCAACUCAACUGGCAUCAUUAUACGAGUGGGUCAGACGUAAGCUUGACGCGAGAGGACUGGGUCGACGCGGAGCAGAAGAGGAGGACAUUCUGGCUAGCGUACUGCCUAGACCGGUUUAUUAGUAUCCGGAAUAAUUCGCCCGUGACUUUUAGCGAACAGAAUACAAUACGUCUACCAGCGCCAGAAGUAGAUUUUCAGAACGAACAGCCUACUGUAAGCAGAUUUCUUUCGGAAGCAAUAACAGCAAUGGAUGCCAAAUGUACCUCAGCAUUUGCCGAAUGUAUCGUUGUCGCAACCGUCGUCGGCCGAGCACUCAACCACGGACAGCAAUCAGUUGUCGAUAACAUGUAUAUUCACGAGUCACAAGGCUUUUGGGAACAACACGAAUGGAUCAAUUCCACGGUGGUACAACGGAUGGAUAUGUUCAACCAGAAUUGUCCCACUGCCGCGCAAGAAGCGGAUCCGAUGCUCCUAUUUAUCAGCAUGAUGUGGCGAACGACGGUACUCUAUAUGUAUCAACUUAUUAAGUUGGUGAUACACCCCUCAGACGAAAAGAGAUCUGUCUUGGCGGAUUACACCAGGCAAUCUACAACAGCGGCCAAGGAGAUCGUGAAUCUGACUAAUAAAUUAUCACAAUUGAAUUCUUUCAAGGUACAUCCAUUUACACCAAUACCGUUAUCGUUAUGCGCCGAGUUUUUCGUCACUUAUCACGAGCUGGGCGAUACGUACGGCAAACAGCUCCAGGAAAUUACAGAAGCCAUGCACGGUUUAAUGAGUUUUAGUAAUCUUGGGCCAGGUUUUAGUUCCUACGCUAGAUAAAGAGGAAAUCUUGUGUAUAGUGUGUAUCACAGUCUCAA